UUUUCUUCUUCUGCUUUAGUUGCCAGGAGCAGCGUCAGUCUAAGUGUAAGGAAACGCUCCACUGCUGCUGCUUUAGCCCAGGCUGCGACUCCAGAAACACAGCAGAACAGGAAACCUAAGACGGGCAUCUUGAUGCUGAACAUGGGAGGACCUGAGAAACUAGAAGAUGUUCACGACUUCCUGCUGCGGCUCUUCAUGGACACAGACCUGAUGAAACUCCCUGUACAGAGUAAGCUUGGCCCGUUCAUCGCCAAGCGCCGCACGCCAAAGAUCCAGGAGCAGUACAGUAAGAUUGGAGGAGGCUCGCCCAUCAAACACUGGACUUCCAUGCAGGGAGAGGGCAUGGUGAAGCUGCUGGACGAGAUGAGUCCUGAGACAGCUCCUCACAAGUUCUACAUCGGUUUCCGGUACGUUAAGCCGCUGACGGAGGAGGCCAUCGAGGAGAUGGAGAGAGAUGGGGUGGAGAGAGCUGUGGCCUUCACACAGUAUCCUCAGUACAGCUGCUCCACCACAGGCAGCAGUCUGAACGCCAUCUACCGUUACUACAGCAACAGAGGCGACAGGCCAAAAAUGCGCUGGAGUGUCAUCGACCGUUGGCCCACACACCCUCUGCUGGUGGAGUGUUUUGCAGAACACGUCAGAAACGAGCUUCUGAAGUUUCCAGAAGAGAAGAGAGACGACGUUGUCAUUCUGUUCUCAGCACACUCCCUCCCUAUGGCUGUUGUAAACAGAGGCGACCCAUAUCCUCAGGAAGUGGGAGCCACCGUUCAGAGAGUCAUGGAGAGACUGGGACACUGUAACCCUUACAGACUAGUGUGGCAGUCCAGGGUGGGGCCCAUGCAGUGGCUCGGCCCCCAGACGGACGAUGUGAUUAAAGGUCUGUGUGAGCGUGGGAAGAAGAACCUCCUGCUGGUGCCCAUCGCCUUCACCUCGGACCACAUAGAGACUUUACACGAGCUCGACAUCGAGUAUGGGCAGGUGCUGGGGGAGGAGUGCGGGGUGGAGAACAUCAAGAGAGCAGAGUCGUUGAAUGGGAACCCUCUCUUUAUGAAGGCUCUGGCAGACCUGGUCAACACCCACCUGAAGUCCAACGAGGCCUGUUCCCGUCAGCUGACCCUCCGCUGCCCGCUGUGCACCAACCCCACCUGUGGGGAAACCAAGGCCUUCUUCGCCAGCCAGCCAACCUCAUAGAAACACACACACACACAUACACACACACACACACACACACACACACACACACACACACACACACACACACACAUACACACACGCUAUAGUGCCCUUCCUGCAGCAGUGCUACCUGUGAAAGAAACUUAAGGCCUUCUUCGAUAAACAGAAGACUCAUAUACACACACACACACACACGCACACACGCACACACACAUACACACACAAACACACACACAUACACACACACACACAUACACACACACACACAUAAACACACACUGUGUCUCCAGUAUUAGUGUCAGUUACAUAGAAAAACAUAACAUGAGGGACCUGGGGGAAAUGGUUUCUGCGAAUACAUUUUGACGUUUGUUUUAUUGUACCUACAUGUCGGACGGGAGGAGUUUAACCACAGCGAGUACCUUACCUUACUUACUUAAUGGGAAAAAUACACCAACUCAAUCCAAAAUUGGCAUUUUAGUAGCAUUUAGUAUAUCGCAUUUUAAUAAUCAAACGAAAUGCUAAUAUUAGAAUUUGAAUACACAGACGAAUACAAUUUUAUUUUUGGUUUUUGGUCUUUUCAUGGGAUUUGUAGACACUAAGAAGAAAGAAAAUCUUCUAAUAUCUACAUCUUAACACUCACUUCAGAUAAUUCAUGAUUCCAUAAAUGCCUCCCAACCGGCACACCACACAGAUUAAAGCAAACGCGAAUUGCGGACACCAUUUUGCAAAAAGUCUGCCAAGGUAAAAGAACUGACACUGUGCAGGAACUGCUCACAUCCCAUCAACGCUACAGAAAACAAAAGCCUUGCACUAUUUUUUUUUUUGUGCGUCUUUUAUUGCAGCUCUUCUGGUUACAUUCCAUGCGAUCGGCCCCUGUAAACCCCCAUCAGAGACAAUGACACUGGAACUGUCCUAUAACAACAAGAUUCAGUAUGCGUUCUUUAAAAAAAAUACUGUGUAGAGAAGUAGCACAAUUAAGUAGGAUUAGAGUUUAGUUUUAAUGUAGAUUCACUUUGACUUCGGUCUGCCUAAACCACUUCUUCCACUCACUCCUCCCCUGAUCACAGGGCAGUAACUAAAUGUGAAGACCUAAUCUAAUUAGUCAUAAGGUUGAAGGUUUAAAGGUUUAUUUAUUUAGUUUUGCCGUCAGGUGCUACAGCUCCAUAAAAUGUCUUGAAGUUCACAGGUUUGAUUUAUCUGCUGUCCCAUUCGGCAUGAGACUCCCUAAUAAUGUGUAAAGGUCAAAAUAAAACCGUAACACUUUUUAUGGGUAGUACUCGGUACCUCUAACCCCGUCCUUCCACUGUUUUUGUCCUGUGAUACCAUGAGAAUGUGCCUUUUACACCGGCUAACUAGAAAUACUGGACUUGUGCUUUAUGUUUUUUUUUUACGUGUGCUUAACCAAAAUGCUGACAGGAAAAAUCCACCUUGAAAUCUGAAUUUCCCAGUGUUUUGUAUUCCAAACUUCCGUAAAUGAACUCCGAACUGUACAACUUUAGCAAAUGGCAAGCUAACUACAUAGAAGGCGAACUAGCGAGCAUAGAAGGCGAGCUAAGUGUUAGCAAACGGGUAGCGUAAUUUCUGCAAAGACUUCGUCGCUUGCAGUUGCAUAUAAUACAAUAUCCAAUAUCUGAGGACAGAAGCUGUACAACGUGUAGCCUCUAUCUGGUUUUUACUUUUGAACAAACCGCUACAAAUAUGUAACCUGAUAAAAACGGUAGCUAACGUAGACUACCUAUAUGCUGUGAGUACAAGGCUAAUCCACAAACACUUCGUCUUCCCGUUCUCCUCCAGAUGUGGCGCAAAUAAGCAGCAGCAACGCUCGCUUGCUAGCUUAUUAGCUCGCUUGCUAGGGAGCCAGCUAACCUGUGCAUUACUAGUGCUCACAUGCUUGCUAGUUAGCUCACUAACUUGUGUAGGUGCAGCCGUUCUGAAGAUAAUGUGAAAGAACAUACAAGAUAGCUGUUGACUUAUUGAUAGUCUGAGCUUGAUUUUUCAAAACCAAAAAAAGCAGACCCUCAGAAAUGUUAUUCUCCCAAUAACCGUUAAUGAAGCUGCUUGAAGACCCUUGAGGUCUUUAGCGUUUUACUUUGGAAAGAGCUCGUCACAAUCGGAUCAGCCUUUUUCCAGUAAGUACAGACCGUAUACAUUGGAGCUUUUGGAUGUGCUUGCCAUUGAUUACCAACGACGUUGGGAGAGACACUUUAUAAUUUAGAAAGAUUUACAUCUUUUUAUCUUAAUGUGUAGCUAUAUUGGACCUACUACCAGCACUUGCAGCUUCCAAAUUUAUGUUUCUCUUAGUCACUCUUUGAACAUGGUUACACCUAAAUGUCAACAAUUGUUGCAUUUAUUGUACUGUUCUUUUAGUUGGUAAAUCUCUCUGCUUCCACUGUGUAAUGCAUACAUGCACAUUGCAACACAUAUCCUCAUUCAAUACAAACAGCACUACUUUGUGCUUUCAGUGCUCUUCCACAGGUUUGAAAGUGAUGGUUAUGUUUUUGAGGAAUAAUUUACCCAGAGUUCUGUGUUUUAUGUCAGUGGGUCCAUGUGGCAGCUCAGUUGAAAUUGGGUUCAAAUGAGUAUUUCUCCUUUUUUUUUGUGCAGAGCUGCUAGCUGAUCCCACAGACAUUGAGCUAAAAUAAGCCAGUCUCGAUGUUAUAAGAUCCCAUCAAACUGCGGCAUCAGUAACACAAAAGUAAAAUUCCUCAAAAAACCUGUCACUUUAAUACAACUAUAUCUAACUACCAAUUUGUGCAGAAUGUGAUGGGUGGGUUUUUCCUCAACCAACAUGUUUCUCAUUUAUUUUGAAUUAUACUCUGUGUCCGGUUUGACAAUUCUGUGUGUUUAAGAGUUUUACUCGGUGUGUGUGUGUCUGUGCGCUUAGCUAAAAAUGCAUUUAGCAGAGUUUGCGUUGUACAUAUAACAAAGACGCUACAGCUUUGUUGCAGCUCAAGCGUACUUUUUUGGUUGGAAUUAUUUAUUUUUGGUCUUUUGUUUGUGUUCCAGACCACAUACUGUCUCCAUUGUUUGAACUUUUUAAUUAUUUUUUUUUAUAUAUAUUUGAGGGACAUGGUAUUAGCAUUGCGAUUACAGCAUUGUAAAUUAAAUACAAUAAAAGAAAACAGCGACUGGUGUAAGA